ACAACUAGCAGCACAAGUAUUACCUGAAAACUAUCACUAGUCAAUCUUCUAGAGAAGCGAGUAGAAGAAACAACAAUUUAUCAAACAGCGCCAGCAUGGGUAACGACCACGAUAUGAUUGUGGUCGACAGCAAGUCGCGCUCGAAAAAUGCAAAAUCUAACGAGAAAGAAAAUGGAAAGAAGCGAAAGACACCCGGCGACAAGGAUAGCCCUAUGAAGAAGAGAAAGGGUGAUGUCCAAGAAAAAAAUGUUGAAGAUAUCGACACGUCAAGACCAACUGCCGUUUUCAAUCCUACCAAGGGCCGCAACUGGACGGUGACAAUUGCUCUUCCCGGCAGCUGGACUCUGAAUGCAAAGAAGCCCGAUCACAAAACCAUCCAGGUUGGACGCAUUGCGCGCGCAGCAGCCAUCUACUGUGUCGACGAAAUCGUGGUUUAUGACGACGACCCAAGUAACAUUGACCACAACGUAGUCGAGCAAAAGUAUAUUCGUAAAGGUCGCACGAAACAGCAGGUUCUAGACUCCAUUUCCGAACAAGACGAAGCAUGGCAGAAUCCUGAUCAGUUCCUGUACCAUUUGUUGGCUUUUGCAGAGUGCCCACCACAUCUGAGGUAUGACCGAGAGGAUCCGCGGUUGAGCAUCUUCAAGGAACAUCAAAACCUCAAGUGGGUGGGUAAUCUCCCCAGCAUGGACAUGCCUCAUCAUUUAAGAAGCCACGAGUGGUGUCAGUACCGCGAGGGUGUUUUUCUAGGCUCUGCACCGCCCCCAGGCGGCAGCAAGUCCAAGAAGGUAGCACGAGAAGACUACGCAUACGUCAAGUGCGGUCUGCCUUACCCAAUCCGCGUACCCAUACCCAAAGAGGCGCCUGUGGAGCAAGGAAUGCGCACCACUGUAAGGUUUGCUAAUCAAGAAGCGCCGAGGGGUUGGCCUAAUCUCUCACAACAAGACUGUGACAGUCUAGAAGCUACGGCGUGUGCUGCCAGUUUACCGCGUGAGGAAGGCGGUUACUAUUGGGGUUACAAUGUAAGACGCGCUGCCUCGCUCGGUGCAGUCUUCUCCGAGUGCGAAUACCCUGGUGGCUACGACAUGUCGAUUGGUACCUCCGAGCGCGGACAGUCGGUGUAUUCAUUUCUCUCAAAUACCGGUGGAGUUUCCCCGGGUGACAUGUCUAGCUCCACCGUCUCUGGGGCUCCGGAAUCCUUCAACCACCUACUCAUCGUAUUCGGCGGUCAAGCGGGCAUAGAACCAGCGGUCGCCAGUGAUCCGGAACUGACUAGUAAAGGACUAGACAAAUCUACAGCACACCAGUUGUUCGACGUGUGGGUGAAUCUAGUACCACGACAGGGCAGCAGGACCAUCCGGACAGAGGAAGCUGUUAUCAUUGGGCUUGGUGCGCUCAAACCUUGGAUUGACACUUUGUACGUAUGAGUGGGCAGUGUAGGGAAAGGGGCCGAUAAGACAUGACUUGCUUCGGACUGUGAACACAUCACUUGCACUGAAUAGUCAUGGUGAAUUCAAAUAUGGAAAGAAGUACGCAAAUUAAGGUGCUGCGUAACAUGGAGUGAUACGUUAUAAAUGGCAAAAAAACGAAGAAAUCUCGUAACUCGACGAGCUACACGCAAUCCCAAUCAUGAAGCGGGAUCAAAAAUUUGUGCAGAGAGAUGCCAUAAGCUGCCGGGCAUGGCACGUCAUGUUUCUAGAAGAGGGCAAGGGUCGGCGAGUCGUGUACUGCCCAUUGGCCCAGGAGGGCGUAUCCUACUGUAUGCCAGACAAACGCCCAGUCUUUUCCAAGUCCUCCGCAUCCUACACA